AUGAAGUUCCAUCUCUUCGCGGCCACCUUGGCUUGGGCGACACAUGCUAUGGUUGUAUCCAAAGAGCUGGAAAAGCGCUAUCCAACGGGCUCUUUUACUCUUCUUGCCUACGGUGUUGCUAAUUCAGCGGUCAAUGUCUUUUACUCUGAUGGACUUGCGUAUGUUGGCGACGCUUCUAAGUGGGAGGGAUCGGUGACUACUGACGUUACCUUUACCUUCACUGAUACCCGGCUGUACGCUACUGCCACCAACAUGGAUAUUGUUCUGGACGAUGACACGGCCUUCUACAUCCGUCCCACUGCCAACCAGAUACUAACUGUGGGGUUCACUGGAAAUGGUAUCGAGACUCCUAGCGAUGCAGCAACGGAUAAUUUUCUGUUUUACGGCAGGUAUCUCAUGUGGCAAGAUGAGAGUGGUGCUCUGAGUGAUUCCUUCCGUCUCAAGGAGACAAAUAUCACCGGUAUUUACCAACUCUACUGGGAUACUUCGAUUCUUUACCCCCUGGAUUUGUGUCUCCGGUUUUGA